AUGGCCAGUACACCAACUUAUACCAAUCCGCCCAGCAUCUGUCAUCCACAGGGCUACUCGCAUAUCAGCACGGCCGAGCCCCCUUCCAGAAUAGUGACCAUCGCCGGACAGGUCGGACAAGGCUCUUCAGGAGCCGUGGAUGCUUCCUACGACAAGCAGGUCGCGCAGGCGUUUGCCAAUCUUGGAGCGUGUCUUGCUGCCGCAGGAGCUUCGCCCACGCAGGUCACCAAGCUCAAUUACUACAUUGUGAACUACGAGGCCAGUAAGCUUGCGGCGGUCGGGGACGCAUUGAAGGCCAUGUUCGGCGGCCUGCACAGGCUUCCGCCGUCCACGCUGAUCCCGGUCCCGGCACUGGCUUCGCCCGAACACCUUUUCGAGGUCGAUGCAAUGGCAGCCGUGCAUCAAGAUUCCGCAACAGCUGCCAACGUCGCCGAUGUCAUCGUCGUGGGCGCCGGCUUGAGCGGGCUGGAGGCCGCCCGCGGCAUCCAGGCUGCGGGAUUAUCUUGCCUGGUGGUCGAGGCCAUGGACCGAGUCGGAGGCAAGACGCUCAGUGUCCAGUCAGUCCCUGGUCGGGUGGGCGUCAACGACCUCGGCGCCGCGUGGAUCAACGACACCAGUCAAGCCGAGGUGUACAAACUGUUCAAGAGGUAUCAUCUGAAGGGCGAAUUUCAGAGGGCCGAGGGGAAGAGUCUGUAUCAGGACAUGGACGGCAAAAUCACUGCUGCUGCCUAUGGCGAACCGUCGACGAGCCAAGGUGCCAAAGCCGCCCUUGAAAAACUCCUUCCCGGAUGGUCUCGGCUCUCCGAAUCGCACAGACUUGAGGACCCUUGGGCAAGUCCGGGCGCCAAAGACCUCGACGGCGUAAGCUUUAAAGAAUACUGCGAGAAGGAACUCGGUUUCCCGGCAUCCAUCAAUAUAGCAGACCAACUCACCCGCGCACUGCUCGGCGUGGAAGCCGAUCAAGUCAGCACACUCUAUAUGAUCGACUACAUCAAGAGCGCAACCGGGUUGGUCAAUAUCACUUCAGACUUGAAAGAGGGCGGACAGUAUAUCCGGUGCAGAACAGGGACGCAAUCCAUCGCGAUCAACCUGGCGCAAGAGCUGCAACCAGGCUCAUUGCACCUUGCAACUCCCGUCACGGCAGUCGAGCAGUCGCCGUCUGGGUGUACAGUGCGAUCGAGCACGGGUGCUGUUUUCAGGAGCAAGAAGGUGGUGGUUUCGGUACCGACGACUUUAUAUCCUUCGAUAACAUUCACACCACCUCUUCCAGCCGGGAAGCUUGCGUUGGCGGAGAAUUCUAUUCUAGGCUACUUCAGCAAGGUCAUCUUUGUGUGGGACGAGCCGUGGUGGCGUCACCAAGGAUUCUCGGGCAUCCUUCAGUCUAGUAUUGGUCCCGUUUCGUUAACGAGGGAUACCAGCAUCGAAGCGGAUCAGGUGUGGUCCAUCACCUGUUUCUUGGCCGGAGGGCCAGGACAAGCCUGGUCCCAGCUAUCGAAGAUGGCACGAGAAAAAGCCGUCUGGACCCAAUUCUGUGCAACCUUCGAGAGCGUGGGAGGCCGAGUUCCUGAGCCCGUCAACGUCAUCGAGUUCGAAUGGUCCAAGCAGCAGUAUUUCCUCGGGGCGCCGUGCACUGUGUACGGGCUCAACGAUCUCAGCACUGUGGGAGCCGACCUCCGGAAGCCUUUCCACAACAUUCAUUUCGUUGGGACAGAAACAUCGGUGGGAUGGAAAGGAUACAUGGAAGGCGCCCUGCGAUCAGGUCAACGAGGCUCUGGGGAAGUGGUGGCUAGUCUCGCUCGGCCAUCAGGAGGUUUCGAUUAA